UUUAGAGGAGAAAAAAAAAAUCCCCAAACAUUUUUGGGGAGGACGCCCUCCCCCUUCCAGGGAAGGAAAGCGCCGAGCCCGAACUCCCGCCGCGGCCGGGCGGGGACUACAAGUCCCGGCAGGCGCGGACUGCAGCUCCCGGCGUGCCCGGGGCCGGCGGAGCGCAGCGAGGGCAGCGGAACGGGCCGGGCCGCGCCGGGCCGGGCGGGCGCUGCUGCUGCCCUCCCUCGGCACGGGGCCGAGCCGGGCCGAGCCGAGCCCAGCCGGGCCGGGCUGCGCUGAGCAGAGCGGAGGAGCCCAACAGAACCGAGCCGAACCGAGCGGGACGAGUGGGGCCGAACCGAGCCGAGGAGCCGAAUCGAGCGCAGCCGAACCGAGCCGAGUGGGGCCGAACUGAGCUGAGCAGAGCCGAGGAGCCGAGCUGAGCCGGGCCGAGCGCGGCCGAGUGAGCCUGGACAGAGCCGAACCGACCCGAGCGCAGCCGAACCGAGCCGAGUGGGGCCGAGCAGACCCGAACCGACCCGAGCGCAGCCGAACGGGGCUGAAACGAGCCGAAGGGCCGAACCGAGCCGGGCCGAGUGCGCCCGAGCACACCCGAGCGGAGCCGAACGGGGCUGAACGGAGCCGAGGGGCCGAACCGAGCCGAGCCGAGAGGGGCCGAGCAGACCCGAACCACUUCGUGUCCUCGCCGUUCCUCAGGGGGUGAGCCCCGUGGCCGCCAGCCCCGCGUGUCACCAUGGCGUCCCGCAUCGGGCUGCGGAUGGAGCUGAUGAAGCAGCAGGCGCAGCAGGAAGCCGAGCGCGAGCGGGUGCAGCAGCAGAUGAUGAUGAGCUACAUGCAGCAGCAGCGCAUGCCCGCGGCCUCCAGCCCCGCCAUCAACACCCCCGUCCACUUCCAGUCCCCACCUCCCGUGCCCGGAGAGGUCCUCAAGGUCCAGUCCUACCUGGAGAACCCCACCACCUACCACCUGCAGAAGUCUCGGGACAAGAAGGUGCAGGCUUACCUGUCGGAAACCUACGGGAACAAGUUCGCUGCCCACGUCAGCCCCGCCAGCCACUCUCCCAAGCCGCCCCCGGCCGCGUCCCCCGGCGUCCGGCCCGGCCACGUGCUGUCCUCCUCGGCGGGCAACAGCGCUCCCAACAGCCCCAUGGCCAUGCUCAACAUCGGCUCCAACCCCGAGCGCGAGUUUGAUGAGGUCAUCGAUGACAUCAUGCGCCUGGAUGAUGUUUUAGGCUACAUGAACCCUGAAGUGCACAUGCCCAACACGCUGCCCAUGUCCAGCAGUCACAUGAAUGUCUACAGCGGGGACCCGCAGGUGACAGCGUCACUCGUUGGUGUCACCAGCAGCUCCUGCCCCGCCGACCUCACCCAGAAGAGAGAACUCACAGAUGCUGAGAGCCGAGCCCUGGCCAAAGAGCGCCAGAAGAAAGACAAUCACAACCUGAUCGAGAGGCGGCGAAGGUUCAACAUCAACGACCGCAUCAAGGAGCUGGGAAUGCUGAUCCCCAAAGCCAACGACCUGGACGUGCGCUGGAACAAAGGGACGAUCCUGAAGGCGUCCGUGGACUACAUCAAGAGGAUGCAGAAGGACCUGCAGAGGUCCCGGGACCUGGAGAACCACUCGAGGCGCCUGGAGAUGGCCAACAAGCAGCUGCUGCUCCGCAUCCAGGAGCUGGAGAUGCAGGCACGCGUCCACGGGCUGCCCACCUCCUCUCCCUCGGGCGUCAACGUGGCCGAGCUGGCUCAGCAGGUGGUCAAGCAAGAAGCCAGCGGGGACGAGGGGACCCUGGAGCCGCUGCUGCCACCCCCAGACCCCGAGUCGCAGGCGCAGCCGGCGCUGCCCGCGCCGCCCCAGUCUCCCUUCCACCAGCUGGACUUUACCCACAGCCUGAGCUUCGACGACAGCUCCUUCCCGGACAGCCUGGAGCCCGGGCACGGCGCUUCCUUCCCUUCCCUCUCCAAGAAGGAGCUGGACUUGAUGCUGAUGCAGGACACAAUGCUGCCCCUGGCCGCUGACCCCUUGUUCUCAGCCAUGUCCCCCGAGGCCUCCAAGGCCAGCAGUCGCCGCAGCAGCUUCAGCAUGGAGGACGCGGACAUGCUGUGAUGGGCAGCUGCCAGGGCGGGGAUUGCAGCACCAGCUUUGGGUGGGCAAGUCCCAGGACGCUCCUGGCAGGAGGAGCCCAUCCCACCAUGCACUUGAACCUUCCCAGGAGUACCUUUGUCUAUGCAACGGGGCUCGGGUCGGGUGCCGCCAUGUCCUUCUCAGCUUCUUUCUGCCAGGAGGAGAAUGGACCUGCCUGGCUUUGCCCUGGCCCUGGCCCUGGCCUGGCUGCAGAUGCCACAGCCUGGGAGUGCCAUCUGGGCUGCUUUGCCUUUCAGCUGAAGCCUCCUGGCCUCACCCCCUUGCCCGGGGUGGUGCCCGGGAGCCUCGAGCCCCCGGGAUGGUGCCGCGAGCUUUGUGUCCUGUUCGGUGUCUCCUCGCCUUGCUCUGGGACCCUUCAUCCCCACCGAGUCCUCCCCAGCCCCUGGAUACUUCCCAGUCCAUCCAGUUCCUCCUUCCCGGGAGCACCUGCUGCCCCUGGGGUCACAGCAGGGUGACAAGGUGUUAAUUAGAGUGUGUUCAUUAAUACGGCACCACCGGGGGUGCUGUCUGCAGGUGGGUGUGGAAGGUUCCAGAACACCUGGAAUGGGGGGGUUUGGUGCUCCACCCACCCCCUGUUGUCACCCCCAAAACCUCGAGGCAAGGCUGCCAGGUGACCCUGAGUGUCCUGGAGGUGUCCCCGCAGUGGCUGUGCCCCGUGGCACCCCCAGCUCUUCCCUGGGAGGAUAAAAGGGUUUCCCACUCUUUUUUUGGGGGAUGCUUCCCAAAAGUGCAGCCCCACGUGGGCCCGAAGCUCCAGGCUGUGACAGGGAAUGGUUUGUGCCAAACCUGAGCUGCUGCUCCCAGCUGGGGAUCCGGGGGUUGUUCCUGUUCCCAGUGUCACCAGUUUGUGCCACAGCUCCGUACUGGGAGCUGCUUUGGGUCCCGACUUCCCAAUCCAGCUGGGAAGAGCAGGGCAAGGCUGGAAAAUCCUCCAGGGUUUGUGGAGGGAAAUGGAGAGGAGAGGAGACUCCCCUUGGGGAUUGUCCCCUCUGGGCUGUGGGGUCACUCUGUGCCCCCAUCCUGGAGCUGGGUGUCCUGGGGGGACACAGGUGGCAGGAUUUGGGGACAGAGGGGCCCGUGGUGGCAGGAUUGGGGGACAGCCCCACAGGUGGCCCAUGGUGACAGGAUUUGGGGACAGAGGGGCCUGUGGUGGCAGGAUUUGGGGACAGAGGGGCCCGUGGUGGCAGGAUUUGGGGACAGAGGGGCCUGUGGUGGCAGGAUUUGGGGGACAGCCCCACAGGUGGCCCAUGGUGGCAGGAUUUGGGGACAGAGGGACCCAUGGUGGCAGGAUUUGGGGACAGCCCCACAGAGGAACCUGUGGUGGCAGGAUUUGGGGACAGCCCCACAGGUGGCCUGUGGUGACAGGAUCUGGGGGACAGAGGGGCCCAUGGUGGCAGGAUUUGAGGACAGCCCCACAGGUGGCCCAUGGUGGCAGGAUUUGGGGACAGAGGGACCCAUGGUGACUGGAUUUGGGGACAGCCCCACAGGUGGCCCGUGGUGGCAGGAUUUGGGGACAGCCCCAUAGAGGGGCCCAUGGUGACAGGAUUUGGGGACAGCCCCACAGUUGGCCUGUGGGACGUGAGGGUGAGGGGAAGUGCAGAGGGAGGAGGACAGGAGCAGGAGGGGACCUGAGAGGACACUGGGUGACCUGGGGGGACACUGGGUGACCUGAGAGGACACUGGGUGACCUGGGGGGACACUGGGUGACCUGGGGGGACACUGGGUGACCUGGGAGGGGCUCCAGGCGCUCUCCUGAGGAUGAGGAGGACCCAGGAGACCUGGGAGCCCCUCUGGGGUGUUCACAGGAGGCCUUGGCACCCUUUGUGUGCUGCCAUCAGUGCCUGGACAGGGAGCUGUCCCCAGCGGGGUCACCCUGGCCGUGCUGGGGACCCGUGGGUGGCAGAGCCACGAGCUGUGCCCUCCACAGGGGCUGGGUGGCUGCUCCAGCCACGAAAUCCCACGGGAAAUGUGGAUUUUUGUGGCUUUAGGGUGCCCGUGGGCACUGCUCAGCACGAGAUGUCUCCCCUGGCUGUGAGCAAACAGUUGUGGAUUAUAAUUACUAUUUUUUUUUAAAUCUUUUUGGGAGUUUUGUUUGUUUUUUUCUUUUUUUUUUUUUAAUGCACUGUGCCCUGAUUAAAAGAUUUUACUACUGUUUUAUAAAUAAAUGUAUAAAAGAAUGAACUGGAAUGGAAGAAGAAUCAUUAAAAAUAUAUUUAUUUACAACA